AAGAACUAGUUGCAGGGUUGUGGGUAGAUUGGUAAUUUCUGGUUUAAUGAUUAUCCUAGUCUAAUUUCAACGUACUGUUGUAUGUGGAGCUGAUGUGUUAUAUAAUGCAAUUCAUCACAUAAAUUCUGAGGGAGACACCAUAACCUCUGCUCCCGAAUUCAGAAGCUUAGUCACAGCACCACUGAAAUAUCCACAGAUGCACACUCCCUUUGGAUAGAGAAAGGAAAAGAGACAGAAAAUGCUGUUUCUUCUUUCUCUCUUUACUUUUAACUUUUAAGCUCUCAUUUUUUGUUCCCUGCAUUUGCACCUUCUGCUUCAGAACACAUUUGCAUGAGGUGAAGGCAUAUUCACCUUCUUUUUGAGUCAUCUUCUUUUCUUCAUUUCUUUUUCUUUUUGGUUGACUUUGAAGAUUGAACUUCAACAUUGUGUUCUCCACACCAGUGCCCUGAAUGGAGGACCAGAAUUCAUUGAAUUAUUCCUUCUAAGGCGGUGUUUGUGAUGGUGAAGACUAUAAUCAGCUCCCAAGUGUCGGCUGACCUGAAAAUUUUCCUGCGGCAGGCAAUGAUUGGAGGAACGGAGGCUGAAACCUUGAGUGGUCCUUUGUGUUCCAUGCUAUCUCAACUCAACAAUGCAACACAGGCAGUGAUAAUUAACUGAACACCAAAUGGGUCUUUGGAAUGCUCAGAAUUCAAUGACAUGUGGUAUCCUUCUCAACCUUGGAAUUGGAGUUUAGGCUAGUUUUGCAGAGAGGGUGAGUGAGUGAGUGAGAGAAAUGGGUUCGGUUGGAGGGGAAGAGGCCAUCCACCAGCCUACUGGCCAUGAUGAGAGGAUUCUUGUUUCUGUUCGUCUUCGUCCCCUCAAUGAAAAGGAGCUUGCAAGAAAUGAUCUUUCAGACUGGGAAUGUAUCAAUGAUACUACCAUCAUAUACAGGAGCAACCUUUCGGCUUCUGACAGGUCACUCUACCCAACAGCGUAUUCCUUUGACAAUGUGUUUCGGUCGGAUUGUUCCACAAGGCAGGUGUACGAAAAAGCAGCUAAGGAAGUUGCUCUUUCAGUUGUCGGUGGCAUCAACUCAAGCAUUUUUGCAUAUGGACAAACAAGCAGCGGGAAGACAUACACCAUGAGUGGCAUAACUGAAUACACAGUAGCAGAUAUUUUUAAGUACAUAGAGAUGCACACAGAAAGAGAAUUCGUUUUGAAGUUUUCGGCAAUUGAGAUUUAUAAUGAAUCUGUCAGGGACCUCCUUAGUCCAGACUGUACUCCUCUCAGACUUCUUGAUGAUCCAGAGAGAGGGACAGUUGUUGAGAAACUGACAGAGGAAACUAUAAGAGAUUGGGAACACUUUACAGAACUUAUUUCUUUCAGUGAAGCUCAAAGACAGAUAGGGGAGACAGCACUGAAUGAAGCCAGCUCCAGAUCUCAUCAAAUUCUUAGACUGACAAUUGAAAGUUCUUCAUGCGAGUUCCUUGGAAAUGACAAGUCUAGCUCUCUUUCCGCUUCAGUGAAUUUUGUUGAUCUAGCUGGAAGUGAGAGAGCAUCCCAAACCAAUUCAGCUGGUACGAGAUUGAAAGAGGGUUGCCACAUAAAUCGUAGCUUAUUAACUCUAGGAACUGUUAUCCGCAAACUCAGCAAGGGAAGAAAUGGACAUUUUCCUUUCAGAGAUUCAAAGCUAACCCGCAUAUUGCAGUCCUCGUUAGGAGGCAACGCCAGAACUGCUAUCAUCUGCACCAUGAGCCCUGCACGCAGCUAUGUUGAACAAACCAGAAACACCCUAUUAUUUGCAAGCUGUGCAAAAGAAGUGACAACUAAUGCACAAGUCAACGUAGUGAUGUCUGAUAAAGCACUAGUCAAGCAAUUACAGAAAGAGUUGGCUAGGCUGGAAGACGAAUUGAGAAACUCAGGGCCACCCCACGUUACAUCUGAUGCUUCUGCAAUGUUGAGAGAAAAAGACCGUCAAAUUGAGAUGUUAAAGAAAGAGGUUAAAGAGCUGACCCUGCAACGGGACCUUGCACAAUCUCGAAUUAAUGAGAUGAUAAGAGUGCAUGGAGAUGAUGUGUCAUCAAUAGAUAUGCUCCAAGUGGAAAGUUUGGAUGCUCAAUACCCAAAUUUACAUGUGAGAAAUUCAUGGAACAUAGAAAAUCAAAGAGAGGAGCCAAAUGUACUAAGUCUUGACGGCGAAGAGAGUGUCAGGUCUUUUGAUGCAUCUCAAUAUUCAGAUGGACAUAGUUUUAGUUCUGAUGACAACUUAUUCCAGCUGCCUGACCUUGAAAAGAAUCUUCUGGUGAGAAGUUCUUCCCCAGGUCCUCCUGUCAAAAGGAACGAUUCUGUAACCAAUGAUUUGGAUAAGAAUAACGUUCGAGAUCAGCAUGAAGAGGACAAUUGUAAGGAAGUUAGGUGCAUUGAGUUAGAAGAUCUUAGUACAAACACUCAUAAGCAAUCAAACCCUGAAGAUUCAAGAUCAAAUACAUACACUAAUUCCAAUGCAUCGACUCCUAGAGCAAGCAAAACAAUCUCAGGAUUGAUUGUGGCUGAUAAUAGAGACAAGGAAAAAGUAGCUUUGAGUUCAUCUAGGUCAAAGGAAGACAAGAGAGUGAACCAUUUGCCUCAAGAUUUUGUUCUUCCCUCUCCAAAAGAAAUUUCUGUCUGCAUGACAGGAAACAGUAGAAGUGGUACUUCUAGAGCCGUGAGGCUGAGCCGAAGUAAAAGUUGUAAAGCAAGUCUCAUGAGGAAUUUUUCAUCAGAUUGGUUUGAAGAUGAAGACGAUGUUCAGAACACACCACCAAUAGGGAAUGAAAAACACUUCCCUGGAAGACCCAACGGCUUCCCGAAGAACAUUUAUGCAUUAAAUUAUAAUGCCAGACAACGGGGGCUUUCAUGUAAUGGCCAUGGGAAUUUUGUGCAAAAUUCUGCAGCUGAUAUAGUUCAGAAUGUGAAAUCGUCCACAAACAAGGAAAGCAAGUGUGAUGCUCCCUUGCCUCCAAAAGGAAAGGAAUCAGAAAAUCUAAAGAGGUUGAAUUUACUAGCUGACCGUGAGGCUCCGGAGACAGGAUUGGAUCCCAUCAUAUCUGCACAGGAUGUCAAAGAUGUUGGCUUGGACCCAAUGGAAGCUGAUGAUAGAGAAAUUCAUUCAGAUUGGCCUUCAAAAUUCAAGAGGCUCCAAAGAGAGAUCAUUGAAUUCUGGGGUGCUUGUAAUGUUUCAUUGGUUCACAGGACAUACUUUUUCCUUCUAUUCAAAGGGGACCAAACAGAUUCUUUUUACAUGGAGGUGGAGCUGAGAAGACUAUCAUACCUUAAGCAAGCUUUUUCCAAAGGCAAUCAGACAGUGGAAGAUGGAAGAAUCCUCAAACCUGAGUCAAGCAUGAGAUAUCUUAGAAAAGAGAGGCAAAUGUUGAGCAAGCAAAUGCAUAAGCGACUGUCUAAAGAUGACAGACAGAACCUGUACUUGAAAUGGGGGCUUCGUUUGAGUUCAAAGAAUAGGAGUUUGCAGUUGGCCCAUAGAUUGUGGACUGACACAAAAGACAUGGACCACAUUAGAGACAGUGCAUCAAUAGUUGCAAAGUUGGUUGGAUUAGUGGAGCCAGAGCAAGCUUUUAAGGAGAUGUUUGGACUUAACUUUACCCCACAACCCACCAGUAGGAAAUCUUUUAGCUGGACAGCCAGUGUGAGGCAUAUUUUGUGAGCUUGGAUUACUUUUUAGGUAGUUUGGUAUGGCCAUGUCAAAAUUUCCCCUC